CGGCCAGUCGUGUGGAGGUUGUGUGAUGUAGUGUGUGCCCUGUGUGUUGUUCUCAGCGGUUGUUAGUAGUUCGCCAUCCAUUACUAAGUGUUAGUACCCUCGAUCAGACCUUAGCAGUUACUAGGAUUCCUAAGACCCGACCAGCGCUGCAGAGCCAGAUGAGAGACCACCGGCCUGCCCAUGCCUUCGGUGCCCGUCCUCUCUGCCCAUGGUAAGCAGAAUUAUGGAGAACUAUUUCGUCUCACCACAUGAAAUGGAAGUGUGGCAAGAUGAGGAGAAGCGGUGCCCCUUCCACCAUGGGCUCCCACCAUCCUUUCAACUUCUUUGUACACAGGUGAAAGAGGGCUAAUUAGGAGCUGGGCUUGGGAUGCUGCGACGGCUGGUGAGCCUCACCCUGGCCGCCACCAUCUGCCUGGCAGCAGUCAGGAAGAACCUCACCGUCGGCUACCUCACUGCUAUCAAAGGCACCCUCAAGGACCGCCAAGGGCUCGCCAUCUCCGGGGCCAUAGCCUUCGCCCUCUGGGAGGUGAACAACAAUUCUACUUUACUACCAAAUGUCACUCUCGACAUGAAAUGGGUCGACACCAGGGGGGAGACUGUUGCCACAACGCGGGCUGUAACUGACAUGAUCUGUGAUGGCGUUUAUGCCUUUUUCGGCCCGGAGGAAUCCUGUCAUGUGGAGUCCAUCAUAGCUCAAGCCAGGAACAUACCGAUGAUCAGCUAUAAAUGUUCUGACUACAGAGCUUCAGCAGUUCCAACUUUUGCAAGAACAGAACCACCUAAUACUCAGGUAACUAAAUCAGUGGUCGCCCUCCUGGAAUAUUACGAUUGGCAUAAGUUUUCAAUAAUAAUGGAAGAGACAUGGUCUAUUGUUGGAGACAGUUUGGAAACAGAAGCACUCAAGAAAAACAUGAAGGUUAAACAUAAGAAGAGUAUGCUAGACAGGCACCUUUGCUGUGAAAUGAAACAUAACUGUUGCCGAACGACAUUUUGGUACGACCUUAUUCAGGAAACAAAAAAUAGUACGAGAAUUUACGUAUUUCUUGGAACAGCGGUUACAUUGAUUGAUAUGAUGUCUACUAUGCAGGCCCUUCAGAUGUUUGAAAACGGAGAAUAUAUAGUCAUUUAUGUCGAUACAACUCCAUUUUAUCAAAGAGAGGAAUCAAAAUAUCUUUGGAAACCUACAGAACAGAUGAACUGUAAAGGGCAGAUGGGACUCUACAAGCGAGCGAUGUCUCUGUUGGUAGUAGUUUCUUCCCCGCCCACCGGUGACUAUGAAGAUUUCACUAGGAAAGUCCGUGAAUACAAUACCAGGGAACCUUUCAAUUUUACGACACCGCAAGUGUUCACCAAUGUCUCGUACGUGAAAUUUAUCUCAAUCUACGCUGCCUACCUCUAUGACUCUGUUAAACUGUAUGCUACAGCUCUCGAUGAUCUGCUGAAAGGUUAUCCUGAACUCAAUGACACUAUUAUUGAAGAAGUGGCAAGUAAUGGAACUAAAAUAAUAGAAACAAUUAUCAACAGAGGUUCUUAUAAAAGUAUUACUGGAACAACAAUAAAAUUAGACAGCAAUGGUGAUUCAGAAGGAAAUUUUUCGGUUUAUUCUUUCAUUAGAAGUCCUAAUAAAGAAAACUUGUCGGAGUGCGUUUAUCAUCUUCGUUUCGUUGGGCAGUUCCAGCAUCAGCCUAAUUCCACUUCUCCAGAGUUUAAAGCUUCUACUCGACUUCCUUGGAUCCAUGGAAAAAAGCCUGAGGAUGAGCCUUCUUGUGGCUUCAACAAUGAGAACUGCCCGAAGGAUGGCUCACAGAAGGGUUCAAUAAUCGCAGCGAUCGUGCUAGCUAUAGUUCUGUUCUGCGCCACUGUCAGUACUAUCAGCAUCUAUCGGAAGUGGAAGAUCGAACAGGAAAUAGAAGGUCUCCUGUGGAAGAUAGAUGUCUCGGAGCUUCAUGACUACCACGAUAUCAUAUCGUCACCUAGUAAAAUCAGCUUAGUGAGUGCUACUUCGUUUGAGUCGAGAUGUGGUCCUCAGCGGUUCGCCUCUACUGGCCAAUUCCGAGGCUUGGUAGUUCGAGUAAAGGAAAUAAAAUUCUCUCGUAAGAAAGACAUCUCAAGGGACAUUAUGAAAGAGAUGAGGCUGCUCAGGGAGGUCAGGCACGACAACAUCAAUUCUUUUAUUGGUGCAGUCGUCGAACCGAUGAGGAUUCUUGUUGUCACGGAUUACUGCUCCAAGGGUAGCCUUUAUGAUAUUGUGGAAAAUGAAGAUAUCAAGUUGGACAAAAUGUUCAUCGCAUCCCUUAUACAUGACCUGAUAAAAGGCAUGAUUUUUCUCCAUAAUUCCCUUCUUGGAGUUCAUGGAAACCUGAAGUCAUCUAACUGUGUUGUUACUUCCCGCUGGGUAUUGCAAGUUUCUGAUUUUGGGUUACAUGAAAUUCGCCACUGCCCAGAGUGUGACAGUAUUGGCGAACACCAGUAUUAUCGAAGUUUGCUGUGGGUGGCACCUGAAAUUCUAAGAAAUGUCCACAACUGCCGUGGAACACAAAAAGGAGAUGUUUAUGCUUUUGCGAUAAUCCUUCAUGAAAUUAUUGGAAGGAGGGGGCCAUUUGGAGCAUGUGGACUUGAUGAGCCUAAAGAAAUUGUUCGGAUGGUUAAAAAGAUUCCUGAACCAGAUGAAAUGCCAUUCAGACCCUCUAUAUCUGUGAUACGUGAUAGUGAAGUAGGAGCCGAUUUCGUAAUAGAUGUAUUGACAGAUGCUUGGUCUGAGGAUCCAGAAAUAAGGCCAGACUUUCCAACAAUCAGAGCUCGCCUUAAAGCCAUGAGAGAUGGAAAGCAUAGAAAUAUCAUGGACCAAAUGAUGGAAAUGAUGGAGAGGUAUGCCAACAACUUGGAAGACCUUGUGAACCAAAGAACUUUAGAGGUCUAUGAAGAGAAAAGGAAAACUGAAGAUCUCUUACACAGAAUGUUGCCUGCGCCUGUUGCAAAGCGAUUAACCAGCGGUUUUGGGGUUGAACCUGAGUCAUUCGAUCUAGUCACUAUUUACUUCAGUGAUAUUGUAGGUUUUACUGCAAUGUCUGCUGAAAGCACUCCACUUCAGGUUGUGAACUUCCUUAAUGACCUUUAUACGCUAUUUGACAGCAUUAUCAGGGGAUAUGAUGUCUAUAAAGUAGAAACUAUUGGGGAUGCUUACAUGGUCGUCUCUGGUUUACCAUUAAAGAACGGUGGUUAUCAUGCGGGAGAGAUAGCUUCAAUGAGCCUUGACCUGCUACAAGCGGUAAAAAAUUACCAAAUAGCACAUCGUCCUGGUGAAACACUCAAACUCCGUAUUGGAAUUCAUACGGGGCCUGUGGUGGCUGGUGUUGUAGGCCUUACAAUGCCAAGGUAUUGCCUCUUUGGAGACACGGUGAACACUGCCUCCCGAAUGGAAAGCAAUGGAGAACCACUUCGAAUCCAUAUCUCUGAGAGCUGCAAGGAGGCCCUUGAGAAACUGAGGGGCUACAUUAUCGAGCCGAGGGGCCCCGUGAACAUGAAGGGGAAAGGUCUUGUUAAUACUUACUGGCUCGUUGGAGCAACCGAUGAAGCCAUCAAGCCCCAAGAGGUCGAUGUGAAUGAGCUGCCGCCACCACUGUUCUGUAGGCCGCGAAAGAGUCCACGCCUCUUGCAGACUGACAGUAGACGGCAGUCCAAUGACAUCAGGCCUCUGCCUCAGAUUACUGAAGAGCCUCAGUUCUUAGAGCCAACAGUGCGCGGCUUCAAAUCCUUGGACCCGUUGCCUUAUCAGUCCAAGUCCAAGAGCCUAAUCAAGAGGAGCUGUCACUCCCUCCAGGAGGAGAGUGGCUUGGGUUGUGGGAACGGUGCUCUAGUCAACGCUCCGCUCCUGAAUGAGGACAAGAGGUGGCACUCAUUGGAGACCGUCCCGCCGUCGGAGCCUUGCUCCAAGAAGGGUCUAGCUGGUUCUUCCCUUCGCUCCUGGCUUUUUGGCAUCUUCAACAAUAACACGUAUCAUCAUCGCUCCAGCGACAUGUCGUUGCGAAAGGCAGGCUACCAGGACCUGCAACCAGAGAGGGAGAGCAUAGUCUGAAUUCUUGAUCAGAUCUCAUCAACUCAGCUUAUCUUCUUAUUGUCCCCUGCUACCUUUUUAUCUUCACUUUAUAUUGUUAUGAUAUUUUUAUUUAUUAUUGAACCAUUUAGUGUUAAAUAAUUGUGUCUAAAGUGAAAAGAUUACUCUAGUGUCGGAACGAAGAACAAGUGCUGUGCAAAACGGACUUAUAUUUAAAUUUUAAUAUAUAUACAUAAAUCUAGGAUAUAUCUAAUAAAUUACAACUUACCUCUGUGUACAUAUUUCAUAAUGU